AUGGAUGGAUGUAUCGUGAGUCGCAUUAUAGCUUCAUGGAGCGGCUAUCAGUUAGGUGUGGAUUUCGGUUCUGGUGGUUCGGAUACAUUAGUCAAAGAUGAGUGGUUCAAAGACAUUUUGACCGAGUACAUUCUAAUUACUAAAGGCUUAAAAGCUGAGGAUCUGGAGGAUUGGCUAAAUAACGUUUUGUAUACGGAGUUUAACCUUAUUCUUGAGGAUGACAGUGUCUAUCCCACAUCGUUGAUUCUUAUCGAGGCGUUCCAGUAUAUAAAGCAGAAUAAACCAGGCGAUCUUGAUCGUUUGUUAAGAAGCCUCCCGUCUGUUGAUGCUGUUCGUGAGGCGAAUAAGAUGAGCCGUGCCGAAUGUCUGGGUGAAGAGGAGGAAAUUUGCGAAUUGGUUGCUGAUUUUAUUCGAAACUUACCAGUGCGUACUUAUCGAGGUUCGAGCGUAGAUAACCAGUGCGAAUAUUGGGUGAAGCAGAGUUUCGUCUUUCAGCUCUUCUGGCUUUCUAUGUUCAUUGUGUGA